AUGCCCAGACUGGACGACCACCUCUGGAGAGGUCCCUGCGCUAAGGGCACGAAGCACAGAAGCCACCCAAGGGCCAGUGCCAGAGGGCUGGUAGCCAAAGCAGGCGAGAUGAGCAACUCCUCGGCGUCAGGCCCCUCUCUGCUGGCGGCCCACGGCGCCCUGGGCACCGACCCUGCUCAUGGGCCUCAGAGCGCUGGUGUGGGGGGCCAGGGCGGCAGCAGCCACGUCAACAGCUGGCAUCACCACCUGGUGCAGAGAAGCCUGGUGCUGUUCUUGGUGGGGGUGGUCCUGGCCUUGGUGCUCAACCUCCUGCAGGUCCAGAGGAACGUCACCCUGUUCCCAGACGAGGUCAUCGCCACCAUCUUCUCCUCCGCCUGGUGGGUUCCUCCGUGCUGCGGGACAGCAGCGGCUGUGGUUGGCCUGCUGUACCCCUGCAUCGACAGUCACCUUGGGGAGCCGCACAAGUUCAAGCGGGAGUGGGCCAGCGUGAUGCGUUGCGUGGCCGUCUUCGUUGGCAUCAACCACGCUAGUGCUAAACUGGAUUUUGCCAAUAACGUUCAGCUCUCCUUGACGUUAGCAGCCCUGUCUCUGGGCCUCUGGUGGACAUUUGACCGUUCAAGAAGCGGCCUGGGGCUGGGCAUCACCAUCGCCUUCCUCGCCACCCUGAUCACGCAGCUGCUGGUGUACAAUGGGGUCUAUCAGUACACGUCCCCAGAUUUCCUCUACAUCCGCUCCUGGCUCCCCUGCAUAUUCUUCUCGGGAGGCGUGACCGUGGGAAACAUAGGGCGGCAGCUGGCCAUGGGUGUCCCCGAAAAGCCACACAGUGAUUGA